AUCUGUCAAUCGUAAACAAUUCUAGGCGAAACAGCUGACAGUCAACUGAAGACUGUUUAUCUAAUUGUCUUAAUUAUUUUAAUAUUUCUAAAUCUUGAAUCAUUAAAAUGCACAAAUUUUACCAGACUGCCCUUGUUGUCUGUACAUUUUGCUAUGUGCUCACACAAAUCGCCAGUCAAGAGCCUAACAACCAACUUCCCGAAAAGUAUGUGGAAUCUGUACAGCGUUCGACUCACUCCAACAACUGGGCAGUGCUGGUAGAUGCGUCACGUUUCUGGUUCAACUACCGCCAUGUGGCCAAUGUAUUGAGUAUCUAUCGCUCUGUAAAGCGGCUGGGCAUACCGGACUCCCAGAUUAUACUUAUGUUGGCUGAUGAUAUGGCUUGCAAUGCACGCAACCCACGCCCAGGUCAGGUGUACAAUAAUGCGAAACAACAUAUAAAUGUUUAUGGUGAUGAUGUGGAAGUGGAUUAUCGUGGCUAUGAAGUGACAGUAGAGAAUUUUGUACGCCUACUGACGGGUCGUACCCAAAAUGGUACAGCUCGUUCGAAAAAAUUGCUUACCGAUGCUGGCAGUAAUGUUUUGAUUUAUUUGACUGGACACGGUGGUGAUGGUUUUCUCAAAUUUCAAGAUUCGGAAGAGAUUACCAGUCAAGAAUUAGCCGAUGCUGUGGAGCAAAUGUGGGAAAAGAAGCGUUACAAUGAGCUAUUUUUCAUGGUAGAUACCUGCCAGGCGGCUUCGCUGUAUGAGAAAUUCACUUCACCUAAUGUGCUGGCGGUGGCAAGCAGUUUGGUGGGUGAGGAUUCCUUAUCGCACCACGUUGACCAGUCUAUUGGCGUAUAUAUGAUUGAUCGCUAUACCUACUACGCGCUGGAGUUUUUGGAAAAAGUACAACCCCACAGCAAAAAGACAAUGGACGAAUUCCUUCAAGUUUGUCCCAAACGCGUUUGUAUUUCAACAGUUGGCGUACGUAAAGAUCUCUAUAGACGUGAUCCCAGUAAGGUGCCUAUAACAGACUUUUUUGGUUCCAUACGUCCCACACAAAUUUCAACUGGCCGUGUUAAUAUAACGCUAGCUGAAGAAGAGGAUUUCAUUAACGCUGCUAUUGCCGCUGAAGAAGAAGCCGCUCAGCGUAGUACUUUCAAAGUUGAAUUUCCAUCACAAUUCCCUACAGAAUUAUUUAAAUAAAAUAUGCACAUAAAUAAGACUGAAAAGUAUUACGUAAAUCUAGGAUACGAAUUUUAUAAGUUAGCUCCAGCUUUUGUUAGAGAUUGCGAGAAAUUUUGCUGCCAAGUGAGUAAACCAAGUAAGCGGCAAAAACAAUGUGCGUACUCUACCACAUACGUGUGUAUACAAGCGUAAUUUACAAUACAAUAAUUUAAAAAGAUUUAUAUGCUUUUGUGAUGCUGAUUCGUAUUUAUAUUUGGAGGCGUUUCAUAAAUGUUUCAAGGGUUCCAUUAAAAAUAAAGAAGGGCGAAAAUCUACGAAAAGAGUAAA